UCAGGCAAACCCGGGCAGCUGAUUGUGAUAGAACGGGAGAAGAAACAUCUUGUGAUAAAAAAUUCCUUCGCCUUUUUCUUUGACGUUGUUGCAUCCGUUCCUCGAAGGAGCGAUCUAGUAACGGACAAGAGGAUGCAGGGAACAAGAGGCAGUGAGUAUCAGCGUGUUCCCCUCCAACGCAGUCAGGAUCAACAUCUUCAUCGACCCGUAGACCGCCCGUGGUCCGGUAUUUUGGCAGGUCAAAGAGGGGAACAGUGACUGUUCAGUCGCUAAUCUUUUCAUGAUACGUAGACAUGUAAACUUGGUGUUGGAAAGUAAACACGUGGGCUCCGUUAUCGUAAAGGGAGUAUUUAUCUGUGGACUGUAUUAUAAAGGAGCAGCAGUGAACGCGUGUUAACGCUAGGGACGGGGAGCCGCCGUGAUAUAACACAUUCACAACGGAUGAAUGCACAUUGUACAAUGAUCGUUCCGACUGGUGGAGCGUGAGUUCGUCCACAUGUCCCUAAAAUCACUGAUUUUGUGAAACUUUUUUACAACAGUUCGUCUUUUUUAUUUCGUCCUCUGGAUGUGAUUAUUAUUGUGUUUCGUUUGGGUUAAUCAUUGUGGAUACUUUGUUUAUGAGUUCAGCACUUGUGUUUUUGUGGACUCCGUGGUGAAUUUCGCAGCGGCCCUUCCGGUAAACUUCAACGGAUGUGUUACAUGUUUUCGCACAAAACAACUUUACAAUGUUGAUGGCACUCGAACUGAGUGCAGCAUUCGUAACAUAACAUUGGACGAUUAGGUGGGAUUUACAGCACCCCGGCUCGUCGAUCGGUACAACUUCAUCAGGACAUGGUCAGCUCCUAAAGAAGGACAUCGUGAGGGGGAUUUACUUUGUAAUAUCCAGUAAAUCCUCACCAGGGCACGGACUAUCUUGUAUCAAUUCUUUAGCAUUUUUUUAACAGACGUCGUCAGUCUGCUAAAGGUAAACACUUUAUUCUGUCAUGACAGUUCGAGUUCGUGUAUGGCAUGGCACACUCUUCGGCUAGAGGCAAGGGGGGAUUUCGCACCGGGACCGGGGACAUCGUUCAGCACAAAAUCGCCCAGCUGACCGAAAUAUCCGACAGUGAUCAUCGUGGCGGCCAUAACUCAGGCGAGAACGAUCUCAACCAGUAUCGAAAAUUUAAUAAGGAAUUGGGCACCCGAUCCAGUUCUGCUACUACCCGUGCUGCUGGCAAUACACGUACGGGAAGUUGUGCUUCGACUGGCGACGAACUUAGCCGUGGAUGGAGCUCAGGCAAUCAUGACAAUACUAGUAGUCGAGAUCGUCAAGCUGCAAUUGAGUCGCACUACGAUGAGCCGUCAUUAGCAUUAUCCAAUAAGCAGCACAACGUGCAUGAGGAACACAGUAAGGACAAGGAACAUGCUUGGAAUAUCAUCGGUGCUAACAGCCGCCAGACCCAGGCAGCCGGCGGCGGGUCUAAAUACAGUAAUAGGAUUUUAGCAGGGGAUUUGACUCGACGGGGGAACGUCGUGAACGAGGACAUAUCAUACAGGCACGGUGGUGACUCUAGUCUUGGAUCAACACAGUCCGUCUCGUAUGGCAGCACAACAGCAGCGCUACCCUCGUCUAGUGUUCAACAACACCGCCGUGAUAUAAGAAACAACUCUUCGUCAACAGUAGGGGAGAGAGCAUCUUCAUUUCGUGGAGGACAAUCGCCAGUGAAUAUUCAACCCGGAAGGAGGGUCAGGGCAUGUAUGCAACACGAACAAAGCCCUUCUUACAACAACCAAGGUAAUGCACAUUCUUCUACUAAAGUCAGUAGUACCUCACCGCCAAUAACUAGUCCCAAAUCACCAGAUUCAGGGACCACCGCGACAUACCCUGAUUCUGGAAUCACUUCACCAAGUCCAACCAGGCAGAUAUUCAAGCCCUUGGCUGUAAAGAGAUUAACCAAAACCUCUAAGAAAAGCCUUACUUCUUUUGAUGAUCUCCAGAGUCCAGUAAGUUCUCCUUACUCCAGUCGUCGGUCAAGCAUUUCAAGUGUUGGUACAAUUGACCAAAGUGAGGGGUCAAGUGUUGCCGAGAAUAGGGCUAGACUUGUUUCGGCAUUUGUUUUGAGCACUCAAAAUACUGCUGCAUCAAGAUACAGAGACUUGAGUAGUGUACAAACAUUGAAUCAAAGUAGUCCAACCAGGGUGGAUAAUGUUCGUCGCAGUAUGGCUAGGAAUCAAGAUUCUCCAACUUCGGACCCUACCUCGCCACAGCUGUGUGAGUCGGGUGGAACCAAAUUUCCGCUUCGCAUGGAUUUCAAUAGUUUAAAAAUCGGGAGUGUGGAUAAUCUGCGGUCACCGUCGCGAUCUGUCACACCAAAGAGAACAAAGCCUGACCAUGGUAUUGCAAGUGCAAGUGCUCCAACGUCGCCCGUCAGGACUCUGCAAAAGUUAACCUUCAAAAUGCGAGAUAUCAGGCAGGAAUUCACAGACAUUCCACCAUCGGAUUUAAUGCGACCUAUGUCACCAAGCACUGUUUCAGAGCCAGGUGAAGAUGAGGGAUGUGUAAGGGACUUUGACUGGCCGGGGACACAGUCCUUGCCGAGACCUAGAAGGAAAAACAGGAUGGUUAUUCCAGAGUUGCCAGAAGUCCUUAUGGCAAGGACCAAAGAAGUCCACGAUAGCAUGCAAUCUUCUCCAUCUCCAAUUGAUAAGUUUAAUUUAAAAGCUCCCCUGAAACCGCUCAAUGUGAGACGACAAAUAAACAACACACCCGUUUCUUCACCAAUCAUGGAUACCAUGGUGGAAGAGAGCAUUGAUGAGUCUGAGCCACCGAUCCCGAGCACGCGCAAGAAAGAAAGACGGAAAAAAAUGGCAGGCCUCGGUCAGUCUGUAUCUGAAGGUGGUGUUGGAAGUAAUGGAGAUAAUGGGCGUUCACGUAGUGACCCAACACAGGAUCGUAAAAGAGGAAGCUUGUCAGAGGAGAUUGAAAAUAAUUCGGUUGACUCUCAGUUCUUCGAGGCACUGCAGAUCGAGGGAGGCCAGAUUGUUCCUGCUUCCAGAGUUCUAGGAACUAACGUGGUUUCAGAGAGCAGUCAGUCCAUCUCAAGUACUGCUACCUCUAUCAGUGAUGCCACCGCAGAACAGCAGUUUAUUCACGUCCUGCGUGAGGUGACCCACCACCCGGAUGGAUUAAUCAACUCGUCGAACCUAGACUCUCAGGAGCGCAAUGGAAAAUUAAAAUCGAAAGCGAAAUCCAGAACCUGGCCGAAUGGAGAUAAGUCCCAGAAUGAACUUGAUCAGUACACGCAGGGCAUCCAAGUCUCUACUAGUACACCAACAGUUUCAGACAGACAGAAUGACUUGGAUGAUCUUCAAGGGGAUGGGCUUCAUGCCUCGCACGCCAAGUCGGAGAGCCUUCUCGUAUCCGGUGGAAAAGAACGAGUUAAUUUGCAGCUGGCAUUGGAAAGUCCCCACUCCCCCCAAAUGCAACGAAAAUGGAGCCAAGGCAGUGCUGGGAACAGCAAUGGGGAAUCGCUGAAGGAAGGUCUGAAACAGAAAUUACUACAGCACGGACAUCAACCAGAAAAGCAUCUGCGGACUUCCAGCGAACCAUCAUCCUCCACCUUGAGCCCAGUGGAUGAUUCCGCCGUGCCUUCUGCUUCCAAACCUGUUGUCACCAUUACGCGUUCACAUAGCAUGGGACCUGAUCAGCAUCAUCCUCUGGACCGUAAGAUGAGGAAGAAGCCCAUCAUACCCCCUCCUCAGCCUGGACAUUCUCUCAGGCCAGUCAUGCAAGCCCACAUGUCAGAGUCCACUCCUAACUUGGCAGUCGAGCCGCACAAGUCGAGAGUUACGGAUGCCCUGGUAUCGCCGACGAUCGUAAAGUCUAACCGGAUAUUGGGUGCCAAGGGUGGAUCUUCAACACUUCCUCGAUCAGCUAAGGACAAGUCCGGAGGGGAGCUGUCACCAGGAACACGAAGAAAACUCAAGCAGCAGGUAAGUUCUGAACUCUUUUAAAUCUCUUGACAUUUAAAACAUUUUAAAAUGCUUUAUUUGUAGGAUGAAGGGAUCAA